AUGAGGUUACUGUGGGCUUCAUUCGUUCUACUCAUUCAUCAUGUUUAUUGUGGCCGUUUCCUUUUCCUCCCCUCCACCCUUCAUCCAUCUCAUCCAUUGGUGAUUUCCCAUUUGGCCAAUGAGCUCGCAAAAAGGGGACACCAAAUCGAGUGGAUUGAAUUUGGACCUAAAGAAUCAAAUCAAGUCACAGUCAAGCUAAAUCCGGCGAUCAAAAAGCAUUUCUAUGAGACAAGCUUUGAGGAUGAAAGCCUUCAUAGUUUAUAUGUUGAGAAAACACAUCCACAUCACACGAAAGUUUGGCAAAACGAUUAUGAGGCGGAAAAUGAGAGGACGACCGGAUGGCUGGCGGGGACACGGCUUUGCGAUAAUUUCCUCGCAAAGCACAAGAAAGAAUUCGAUCGACUCGUGCAUGAAAAAUUCGAUACCCUCGUCGUCGAUGAUCAAUUCAACCCCUGUGGCCUUCUCUUAGCCGGUCUUCGCGGCGAUGUCUUUGUCUAUUGGUCAAUGAGUGCAAUGAGACCCGAAUCAGCGUGGGCAAAUCAAUCACCAAAUCCACCAUCAUAUCUACCUGUGCCUGGGACAAAACUCACCGAGGAUCUGAGUUUCUUCAAGAGAAGCUUCAAUUUGGUUGCUUAUCUCAAAGCUCUCUACACACAUCAACACAUCAUUCAACCGAGAAUCGAUGCCGUUUUCCAGAAAUACUACAAAGGAGCCGCAAGUGCAUUUGAUUUGGAAAGAAAUGCGUCAAUCAAUCUCGUCAAUACUCCUCCAAUUUUCGAUUUUGCUCGUCCAUUCAUGCCACGCGUCAAUUUUGUGGGAGGACUUCAUGCAAAGAAUGCUUCUGAACUACACGGAACUCUCGGCAUGUUUGUGGAUGAAGCAGAAGAAGGAUUCAUGCUUGUCACUUCUGGAUUAGAAUUAGACUGGGGCAAAGCACCUUCUUUCUUAAAAGAAGCGUUCAUCGGUGCUUUCCAAGCUCAUCCACGCCUUCGUUUCAUUUGGCAAUACAAUGGACCCGAGAUUGAGCUAUUGCCGGUGAAUGUCUUCACAACGCCUUUUCUACCACAACAAGAUUUACUAGGCCACAAGAAAUGCAAGGCGCAUAUAACGGUGGGCGGUUUGAACAGUGUGAUCGAAAGCGUUUGGCAUGGGAAACCAAUGAUCGGAUUGCCGCUCACCGUGCACAACUAUGAUAAUGUGUUGAGAGUCUCAUCAAGAGGCGCCGGGAUUUUGAUUCCAAAACAAAACCUUCAAUUGGGCACACUGAAGAAAGCGAUCACGAAUAUCCAAAAGAAAAAAUAUUCGGAUGAGAUGGCGAUCUUCCAGGAUAUGGUUCGAGAUGUGCCCUACACAGAGUUGACUCAUGCCGCUUUUUGGGUGGAAUUCAUCGAGAGACACCAUGAAGUUCCUCAUGCUCGUUCCGGUGCCGAUAAGUUGAAUAUCUUCCAAUAUUUCCUUGUCGAUGUCCUCGCUUUCUUGGCCUCAAUUGUUUUGCUGAUUAUCGCCACCGUUUUGCUAGUCAUUCGAACAAUUUUCCGAUUAUUGAUGGGAUUGUUGAGGCGUCUCUUCGGUCGAUCCACGCCCGCUGUCACCAAAGAAAAGAAACGAAAC